UCCGGGGAGACCAGAUAUAGUGAAUGGGGGUCCGGGGAGAUCAGAUAUAGUGAAUGCAGGGUCCAGGGAGACCAGAUAUAGUGAAUGCAGGGUCCGGGGAGAGCGGAUAUAGGGAAUGCAGGGUCCGGGGAGAGCAGAUAUAGUGAAUGCAGGGUCCGGGGAGACCGGAUAUAGUGAAUGCAGGGGGGGGGGGGGUCCGGGGAGACCAGAUAUAGUGAAUGCAGGGUGCGGGGAGACCAGAUAUAGUGAAUGCAGGUUUUAGUAAAUCAAUCCUAGUCACCCAACCUGCUUGAGAAGUAGAAUUACUCAGCCCAUGUAGUGUUCAGUAGGAG